AUGCCAACCACCUCUCGCAAAACUCGUUCCACCCGAACGCCUUCAUCAUCAAAAAAAGCAAGCUCCUCGUCCUCAAACAGCACUAGUAGAACGUCCUCUCCAACACCAAAUCACAAACGAAGUGUUCAUCAAUCAGUCAUUAAUGUGGAGGAAGAGGAUGAAGAAUUUUUGAAUCAUCAAACAUCAGCCUCCUCGGAAUCUAUUGCAGGAAACAUUCCGAGUUCAUAUAAAUCAUACGAUAUUAAACAAUUGGAAGCAAUGAGAGCGAGGAUUGCAUUAUUGGAGAGAGAUAAUUAUGUUGAUAGGAAAGGAGGAAGUGCAGGAAAGUUUAGUCUAAUUUCUGGAGGUGACUAUGAAGAAGGUAUUUGGGAUACAACGAAUGAUGUCACCAGCAGUACUAAAACCAAAUCAAAGAAAAAAAAGAAAGACACUUCUUCCGACGAUACUGAGCCAACAUCAAAGAAGAGAAAGAAUGAAUUUAAAGAUUCGAGAAAGAAAUCGGUAAAAUUCGUUCGAAGAAAAUUAGAUCAUGUAUUAUUGAAUUUGGACAAAGUUCACUUGAAUCCACAUCCCAAUUAUUUUUCAAUUGCAGCAGCUCCUUCCAUUUAUCCACCUCGAAAAUAUUGUUACACAACAGGAUUCUUAGCAAACUACACGUGUCCACACACUGGAAAGCAUUUCAUCAAUAUUCCAGCUUAUGAGCAUAUCAAAAAAGACUUUCAAUUGGAAUAG